UCUUUAGCUUCGAAUGUUAUUAUUGCGCUAUGCUUCUCUUAUUCCUGCAUCUUGAUCUUCGUUUGUUUAUUUUUUCUCUUCAGUGAGCCUUCCAAGUUGUUGUUAUCGUUUACUGAAUGUUGUCGCUGCUGAUAAAUUAGAUGUUCGUGCCAUGUUCUGGUUGUCAGCAUCGCAAGAAAUACCCUGCGCGAGAUAGCUUUUUGUGCAACGUAGAAAUUCUUAUACGCGCUGUCUCAUUGACUUGUUCGCUGUACAUGCCGAACGGUGGUGUACGCCUGCAUCUUUUCAUAGAUUGCUUUGUCACUUAUGUCACGUUAGGCUUACGUUUUGCAGAAAUACGAACUGGAGCGGACGCUUGUUUUUGCACAGGACGUGUUGCGGAAUUAUGCUGCCCCGCUUCACAUACCUUCGAUGAGAUUUGGUUGCUGCAGAGUCGGGAGACUGCCGCAAAGAAUGCAAUGGGCGUUUGCACACCAACAAGGUUUGCGGAACAUGAAAAUCUAAUCGAGACACUGAUUGUGCUGUGCCUCGCAGACGGCAUCAAUGGCUUUUCGAUAUUUUUAAUGGGAUUUAAUCGUGUACUUCUAUACUCCGAGGUGAUAGACACGCUCACAAUUCCAGUUCGCACGUCUUGGGAAUGUGCUGUUGAGCCUUGGUUGUUCUUUCGGGGAUACGGUGAUUUAUGGCCGCCAAUUGUGCAAUUUGCGAUGGGCAUAGAUCGUUGUGCUGCGGUUUUCAAUCCCAUAGUCUACAAUAAGAGAGCAUUCAAAAGGAGAGGAAACUUCUUCGGCGCGACCUUGCUUUGUGUGAGCUGUGUACUUGCUGUGGGAUACGGCAUAUCGUGGAGCAUGCGCUCACUCAAGGUGAAGUACUGGUGCGGAAGGAAAGCAGCAUUUGGUGAUACGUUUGCCUCCUUUGUCUACGGCAUGAACAUUGUGUGCUAUGUAAUUGCCUUCUUAUUGAGUUUGAUAUCCUAUAUCAAAUCUAAAUAUUGGUUGAAUACAAGCUCAGCAAAGCAGCAGCUUGCUCGGAUUCGCUAUCAACUGAUGAUUUCUGUGCUUUCAAUCGUACUGAUCUCUACACCAAACACCAUGUCGUUGCUAUCUCAGUAUAUUACAAAAGUCGCUGACGCAAUAUCAAAGCCGUCCACUUAUCUUAUAUGUGUAAAAGCAAGUGAUCCACGAUUUUUCAGUGGCGAUCGCACGAUUUCCGUCCGGAGGGGGCGAGGAAGCAAAAAAUUUUCAGAUAAAGGUUUUCAAAUGGUUUCGCUGCGAAAUGCCCUGAAAGGUGCAGCAUGUGUGGCUGGCUUCGCAAUACUUGCAAGGAAGCUGCAAGACGAGAAUGCUUUUCGUAAAGUUCACUCUUUCACUGCAGCAGAGCCCAAGAACUUUGACGAGCAUUUCCCUCGAGGCACAUGGGAUGAUAACUGGGACUUUCGAUCCCCAGCAUUUCUGCUGAACAAGAAGAAGUACGACAAAGCUUCGGAUGAAGAUAAAAAGAAAAUGGAGGAGGAAGUGAAAGUCACUGCCACUCGGAAUAUUUUUCUGAUUCGCCACGGCCAGUACGAGUUAGAUAAGGAGAACAAGUGCCUUACGCCAUUAGGUCGUGAGCAAGCAGCAUUUCUUGGCAAACGUUUGGCUGAGUGCGGUAUCCCUUUCGACCAACUCGUGAUGUCCACUAUGACUAGAGCCAAAGAAACGGCUGAGAUCAUCUUGGAACAUCUGCCACCAACACUGAAAAGAUCGAGUUGUUCUUUGCUUGAAGAGGGGCCUCCUUAUCCUCCAGUCCCAGCUGUAGAUCACUGGAAGCCGCAACAUGCCGAGUUCUUUGCGGAAGGCUCAAGAAUUGAAUCCGCAUUCCGUCGACAUAUACAUCGUGCUGCUCCUUGGCAGAAAGAAGAUUCUUACGAACUUUACGUCUGCCAUGCAAAUGUCAUUCGCUACUUCGUCUGUCGAGCACUACAAUUUCCUCCAGAAGGCUGGCUUCGCAUGUCCUUAGGAAACUGCAGCAUUACAUGGCUUGUUAUUCGCCCUUCGGGCAGGGUAUCGCAGAGUUUUUGUUAG